AGAAAUGAAGAAAGGAAGCGAUGGCUGCGGCGUUGAGGGGGAGAAAGGCGGAAUCUGUGAAAGGCGAACGACAAAACGAACGAGCUAUGAGUCAGCAGGGACAUCUGCAACACAUGCAGUGGGCACGGUUGCUAUUUCUGUGUUCUUUGUCUGUGUGCUCUGUGCACCCACGCAUGAACCCACUUACCUCUCGCCACUAACCUGUGUUGUGUAUCUGUGUACUUUGCGAGAUAUUAGCUCGCCCACUUUGAUUCAAUCCCCUCCUCCCCGCUGUGCGUUGUGUGUGUCACUGGGCAUCUGUGCAUGUACUACAUGUGCACAUGUGUGUUUUUCAUCGGUGAUUGUGUCACAACGCCUAACCUGUCCCCAGUGACAAGAGCCUUAUUGUCCGCUGUAUGAAUCAUAUGCUUGUACCCCAUUAGUAAUCUGCCUUCAAAUGGCUGUUAGCGACUAUCACAGCCAGCUCGUCUGUCUUUUGGCUCUCUCUCCGAGCACCAUUGGAGAUCAGAUAGCAGCAUGUUGUUUAUUAGUCACCGGGAGCGCGCCUGUUUUUCAGGAUAUUUUUUACUCUUCCUUACGAUUGCUUAAGUUUUUUAGCUGCCAACUUUAAAAAAAGAAAAUACUUAUAGUUGUAGCCAGCAUAUUUGCAGAUUUGGAGAGUGAAAGUCACGUCAGAAAACUUGCACUCCUUUAGUUUCUGUCACAUGUAUAAACAAAGUUGCAGUGUUGGUUACUCGUAUUCAACAGGACCAAAGUUUCUCAAGCCCCCUUUUUUCUUUUUGUAACUCCAAAAUCUGUGUGAGAUAAGUGAAGGCAAAAAGCUCAAUUAUAUAACUGUUGUACCACCUACCUAUUGCUGAAACAUUAUGUUAAGAGGGGCAGCCAAUCAAAAGAAAGGUUGCUAAAACGAAGGUGGUAUAGCUAGUAUGGCUCACAGUCAAUGAACUGAGAGGCUGCAGCGAGGCCCGACUGUAAGAUAAAGAUUAUUUUGAACCGUGAAUCAUGCAGAGCUACUCUGACCGUCCAUGAAUAAAAAAAAUAUGUUGCAAUACAAAUUUAGAUGACUAAUGCGCUUGGUUAGGUCAGUCAGUUUGAAUUCAUAAAAUGUCUCCAUCACUGUGAUGUGAUGACUCAGGCUUAUGGAUUGAGCCCCUUGAUGCAGGAACAUUUAUGAAAUAUCAUUAAUUUGAUGGGAGAGAGAUGGGGGGCGUGAUGAGUGAUAGCAUGUAUUACUUUUGGUUUAGUAGACGAAGCAGUGCUGUGAAGUUUUCUUGCAAGAUUUGGAGUGUGCUGAACAACAAAAUGUUCUUAAAUUUGAACAUUACUCAACUGGUGUGUCUCCGUUACUUAGCCAGAUGUUGAUGCACAAGGAGCUUGCACCAGUGUGGCAGCAUGCCGGUGUUUGCAGAAUUUGAAGUCCUGUGAUGAUAUUAUGAAUAGUUUUUCAUGCUCUAAAGGAUCUGCUUCCAUGGUUGAGUGGUAUGUGUAUAUGACUUCUUGUUAUGUGGCUGCGCUGUGUAUUGUAAACAUCAGCCAAGUGCCUUUUUGUGGCUUUCUUUCUCUCUGUAUGACUGAUGUCUCCAUAGGUCUUAGUUUACGCACUGUCUUUUGUUGUGGUUAGAUGUUGCCAGUUUUGGUCGGUUAUGCAUUACUGAUACGGUCUGCUUCUGCAGCUGAUACUUACACCGCCAUUUCCCUGACUUAUGUAUUCAUGGUGAGGCCCAGCUCCACUUUGCACACCUGAUAGUGGACUUUGGUUUCCAACUGGGUUAGUUUUUCCAUGACUCACUUUGACUCCAUUUACACCUGCUAAUAAAAUGUGAUCUGUUAGAGAAAACAUGUGUUAAUUUCAAAGUGGAUUGUAAACACAAGCACCGCUGUGGUCUGAAUUUGAAUGUAUCGCAGCACUGCGAACAGUAUCAGCACGGGCAGUUGUAUGCGAAAGCAAAUCACACGGUGUGUUGAGGAUGUGCUACCUGUUUGUGUGUGGUUAGGGAUGAUGUGACCCACUGUAGAGUUUGUCAUCCACUCAAGCUUCACAAAACACCUUCACACAUGAUUUGUUUCCGUCAUUUGUUGCACUUUUAACUGGUUCACAGUGAAGGACUCAAAUAGAUACAAACACCUCUGUAGCAAAAAUGACCUUUUGACAGAAACACUGUAAAAAGCCCCUUUCUGCUCCGAUUUAAAAAAGUACAUUUUUUGAUAAACUGACGUCUGCUGUUUUGUUUAUUUCAAAGAAAAGAGCAAGUGUGCACAGAUCCAGGCUAAUUAUUUUGGGUGCCAGACCCAAAACAUAAUAUGUCUGCAUGCUGUUUGGCUCGGUUCGUAAAACAUUCAUACAAAGGCAACAUUCUGAUCUCUCUCUUCUAGAGAAGGCCAAACCUACAGCCUUGGGCCUGUUUUAGACUUCUGCAGGCAGACUUUGUAGGGGCUACGACGUAACCUACGCAAGUGGCCGAUGUCAUUGCUGGCAUUUGUGCUGGUGCAUUAUGUAUUAAUUACCUUGUGGUCCUGGUGUUUUAUGUGCAAUGCCAGCUGACAGAAACUAAUAAAAUGCUCUGACUUCUUUCCCUCAUGGGUCUCUACUCUUUUCAAUCUACUUCUUUGUAGAUUCCCUCAUGUUCAUUACGCAAUCGCCUUCCAGGAAUUUGCUGACAUUCGUUAGUCUUUAUUUUGAUUCUAUGGUUCUCAUUCAUUACAUAAAGACAAUGAUUGUUAUUUUCUCACUGAUAGGUGAGGUGCACAUCAGGUUACAGCGUAGGGCUUCAGAUGAGUUUGCAGUUAUUAUGUAGCUACAGCAUGAAGGACAUAAUGUUUGGACUUUUAGGAGUGUGAGCUCUUGUGUUGUAACUCAUGAAUGCAGUUUCCUGCAGCUAUGAAUGAAGCACUGUUAAAGAGCCACAGGUCUGAGCCAUCAUCAGAUUUACAGCCAUUUUCCUCAGACAGUGCUGUGACACUGAGUUUCUUUGAUUUAUUCUCAACAUGGCUUCAUUUUGGCCCAUGCAGCCGAAGGGCCAGUGAGCUCAUUCAAUGGCAAGGCGUCAUCCACAACUUACAAAAAUCCCUAUGAUACUACACUUUGCAACAAUAACUAAACCUCUAAUAGUGUAACAACAGUCUUAAAGAAAACCUAUUCAUAACUGAUCCCCAUCCCAGUAAACAGUCAGUGCAGACAACAAGCGAAGCGCAAUGAAAAAGUCCUAAUUGAUUUGAAUCAACAUCUGGACCCCAGGUCCACAUACUGGAGUUUAGUUACCAGGUGUGCACCUUUUUAUUGAUUCUCACAGCUUAUGCCCCUCUUUUCUCUUUUAAUGUCAUCUUAUCUGGUUUUCAUCUGGUAUUUCGCCUAUUUUGUGUGGUUGUUUUUUGUGUUAUUGGCUGCUUUUAUGGAGCUGCCCCAGAGCGCUUUCCUCUCACAUGUUGACAGGGCCAUAAAGGAUAAAAAGAAAUAAGUAUUUCCCAGUUUACUGCGCCAAUUUGUUGGUUGCAUACUCUUAUACAUCGCAUGGCUUUCUGCAUAGCAUGGUUAUGCAAUGGCACUUACCUUUCAGCAUGAGUGUCUUGCAGUUUAAUCAAACUUGGUUCAACGGGCCACGUCACACAGCGUUGCAGUCCAGCAGCCUUGAGCAUAUCGUUGUUAACAGUUCGCUGUCGUUGCUGUAUAGAUAUGACAGACUUUGUAGAGUGUGGGAAACUGAUUGUAACCUUGGUAUUUAGGAUAGUGUGUUUCUUUACAGUUACAUAAACACACACACACACACACUCACAAAAUUUAACAUUGUUAUAUUGUGCCCAUAUGUUUCCCACCCUCAGCUUUCUCAGCCUGAUUGCCAAGGCACAUCUGGUCCUAAUAAGGUGUGUGUGUGUUUGUGUGCGUGUGUGCGCGUGCCCCUUUGCUAUGCAGCCUUUCAGCCUGGCCUUCUGUAGAAGUGGUGUUGAGUCUUUUACUGCCACCCACUGCUUUACAACACAAAGCCUAUACUUUAAACUUUCGGGUAAUAGUGCGUGUGCUCUGGUAAGAUUGUGCUCUGAUAGCAGUUAUAAAAAACCACAGCUUAUAUUUUGUCUGUGCAUAUUUCAAGGCCUGUUAAUCUGUUGUAACACUGCUGAUUUUCCAGCUUUGAUGCUGAUAGCAGGGGAAGAUUUGAUAUGACUGCAAUCUGUGGGAACAGAUUUAACCGAAAGUGCUCAUCACCAGCUUUCGCUGAGGCACCAAAGCCUUGCAAGGAGAUGUUUGGGGAUUUCUUCAAGUUUUUUUUUUGCUCCCAUCAAUCUUGUGUCUUAUAUCCUUUCUCAAAUAUUCCCCUCCCCUAGCUUAGCACAGUUCCUUUGUCACCUGUUAUGCUCAUAGUUUAAAAUCCUGAGGGGUAUUAGCUUUAAACAAAAGCAGUUUACAGCUGUUGUGAUGUUGACCCUGGCAACAAAAUGGCCGCAGUCCAGUCCAGUCGACAAUUAAAGGCUUCAGAGGGAUCAUAGUUAAUGACAUGCAGAUCACCAAUAACAUGACUCAAACACAAGACUUUUCCUUGUCACGAUCAUCCAUCUGAACGCCUCUCUCUUUCACCCCAGGGUUUGCCUUCCCAGAGUGGGCCUACAAGCCAGAGUCGAGCCCGGGCUCCAGGCAGAUCCAGCUGUGGCACUUCAUUCUGGAGCUGCUUCGGAAAGAGGAGUACCAUGAUGUCAUCGCCUGGCAGGGAGACUACGGAGAGUUUGUCAUCAAGGACCCAGACGAGGUGGCCCGCCUGUGGGGGGCGAGGAAGUGUAAACCGCAGAUGAACUACGACAAGCUCAGCAGAGCACUCAGAUACUACUACAACAAGAGGAUCCUACACAAGACCAAAGGGAAGAGAUUCACCUACAAGUUCAACUUCAACAAGCUAGUGCUGGUCAAUUACCCCUUCAUCGACAUGGGCUCUGGCCGAGGAGUCCCCCAGAGUGCUCCGCCCGUGCCGUCCGGAGGCACCCACUUCCGUUUUCCCCCCUCCACACCAUCCGAGGUCCUCUCAUCCACAGAGGAGCUGCGCAGCCCGGGAAUGUUCAGCAGCGUGGGCCGCCGCAUGGCCCGCGGCUCCGUGAGCGACUGCAGCGACGGCACCUCCACCAACUCUGAGCUGGAGGAGGCUGUGGGUGCAGAGGACAGGGUUGGGGGUCCUGAGAGAGCUUUCAGGAGUCUCCUUCCCCCCCGCAUGCCUCAUGAGUCUCUGUUCAGGGUCUACGGUGGAGCCCCAAAUCCUGGGCUCCCCAGACCUGCUCCCAGAGUCCACCCAGAGCCUCUGUCCCCAUUCCCCAUCUCACCCCUACCCGGCUCUGGAGGUCUGCUGGCCCCAACUCUCUCCCCAGCCCUGUCUAUGACCCCCACCCCUCACCUCUCUUACACCCCGUCCCCCUCCAUGUCGUCCCCCAUGUUGGGCUCCCACUUCUCCUUCAACCCGGAGGACAUGAAGCACUACCUACAGGCUCAUACCCAGUCCGUCUACAACUACCACCUCAGCCCCCGAGCAUUCCUCCACUACCCCAAUAUCGUCAUCCCACAGCCCCACCGCCCCACCCCUGAGAAACCGGCCGCUGCACAUCACCUCCACGGCCCACCCAUGCCACUCUCUCAUUCCCUCAGUCAGCAGCCCGGAGGCGGAGAGGAAGGACACCAGCAUCCAUCGCCAUUCAAGUUCAAGCUGCAGCCACCUCCGCUCGGACGCAAGCAGAGGGAAGCGGGAAGCUCAAUGGCCGCUUCUUCCUCCUCCUCUUCCAGCCAGUCCUCCUCGUUUACAGGGUCCAGUCAGAUGACCAAUUCUCUGCUGAGCAGAGGGCCGCCUAAUAUCAAGGUGGAGCCCAUUUCAGACAUAGAGUCAGAAGAAGAUGUGGAGGUGACCGACAUCAGCGAGGACGAUGAAAAGAAUCAUAACGAUGAGGACAAUGAAGGCGAUAUCUUCACACCGACAGCUGGCCACAACAAUCACCAUCAGCUAAACAACCAUCACCAGGCUAACGGAAACAGCAGCAGCCCCUCUGCUCCUCUUCCUCAGAACAAUAACCCCGACGAUGACCCCGACGAUGAGGUCUUCAAGACCCCCGCCACGCCUCCUAUCGGUGGGGGUGGUGGCCUGGCCUUCCCUCUGAUCAGCCUGAAGAGCGAGCCGGGGAGCCAAGCAGCUCCCAUCAGCCCCGGAGGCACGCGCUGCAUCCCGCUGAAACUUCGCUUCAAGCGCCGCUGGAGCAAAGACCAGAAGAUGGAGGCGGACGGAGAGAGGGACGAGGCAGAGGACAAGAAAGUGCGGGCUGAAGGCGAGGAGGAGGCGGAGAGAAGAGGAAGCGAGGUGGAGAACGGAGGAGGACGAGGAGAGGGGGUUAUUUUGGGGCUAAUGCUGCCGCCGCCUCCCACCCAGCGCAGAGCGAGCUCGGAGCUGCAGAGGGCCACAGCGCAGCUGUCUCUGGAGAACUCCGGCUGCUGAGCUCCACGCGUGCACAGGAUCUGACUUGGAGACAAGACCUCGGAUAGUCUCGUCGGUCCUCGCCAGCAGUAGUAAACGUAGCAGGAUUUGAUUUGACGCAAGAGUUCGUUUGAUGCUAAAAUGGAGACAAACGCUUAAAGGUUUAAUGCGCUUUGAUUUAGCUCUUCAGCUUCUAUGUGAACAUGUGUGUGUAUCAUAUGCAGGAAUGUGUGUUUUUGUGCAAUAAUUCGAGGAGUCGUUGGUCUCUUUUUCUCGUACACUUCUUAAAUUGCAGAACAAAAUAUUUUCCUUCAUAUGAAACACCAACAUGUUCAAAUAGAGAGAAAGAUUUGGCGGCUUUGUUUCCGUUUUCGCAUCGUCACGUCUUUUGGCGGUCAGUACUGUCAGCAGGUAGCUGCUCGGCAUUAUGAUGUAUGUAAAAGCUUGUGUUGCCUCUAAUGUACAGUAAGGCGAGACGCCUCGCAUCUCACCAGAUGCGGUGGACGCCGUCUCUCCUGUGACUCGAACACUAAGAGAUAACCAAACUUAGAUUGUACAUGGAUUUUUGCCCACUUCUAUUUCUUUUAACAUUAGAGUUCUGCAGAGAGGGCGUCUGCUCUUUAAUAUCCAUUUGCACACUGCCUCAUCCAUCCCUCCACACCCUCACAGUGCCAGUAAGGUCUGCCAUGGUUCCCCCCACAUCGCAUCUGUGCCCAGAUUACGUCUUUGAUGGGAUUAAUGGGUCCUUCUUCUGGAACUCUGAGACAAAAUACAAGGGUGCAAAGAUCCAGGUUGUAAGAAAGUAGAAUUCCCCUCUCUCCUUUGUACUCACCAUAACAGACAGUUCCUGAUUUUAAAAAAGGAAGAAGAAGAAAAAGACUUUUAACCGCCCUGAUAGAGAUUAUAGAAGUGCCUCUCUGUCUGCACCCGUCACCUUGCAGUUCCUUACAGGACGGAGAGCUGCGAGCUAAAAAAGAGCCGACCUCGCUCCGAAGGAUCUUACGGACUUGAGGUGAUUAGAAAGAGCUCAGCAAUCAGCGGGGACACCAUGGGACUGAGGGGCCUCCUCGUCCUCGGCUCGUUCGCUGUACAGACAAGAGAUGAACGAAGCUGAAAAGGAGAGGACGGUUUUCCUGACCCGUCGCACAAGAUUGUUUGCAAAUUAAUUCGACGUUGUACAGCAAAAAGCAUCCGGGUCUGGGAAGAGAGCGGCGGAUAUUUCUCUCCAAUUUUCUCUUCGGUUGUUGCGGAAAUGAGGAAGCAUCCACUAGCAAGGCUGUAAUUACACACACUCCCACAGAAACAAGUGUGUGUGUUUGUGGACCCAAAGCUGGUGCACUAACCUCGAGGAUACAGAGGGUUUCUCUGCUUUUUAUGUCCCUGCGUGACUUCGCACAAUCACCGAGGGGUUUUUGGAGGUUUGAUGGCGUCUGAUUUAAAAACUCGUCUGCAUUCCCCUGAUUUGUUUUUAGGACUUCUGUCAAAGGACGUUUGUGCCUCUUGAGGACGUGGACAGUAUUUUAGGGCAUUUUUGCAGUGAUCUGAGGGCUUUCUGUGUUUUGGAUAUAAUCUGUUCACGUGAUGUUUUGUUUUUGUAUUUGAGAAGCAGCGAUUCGUCUAACGGCGGGGUGGGUGGGCGAACAAGAACGGGAACCAUGAAAUGAAUGUCGAGCAUCAAGGUUAACUCAGGCAAACCUUCACUGAGAUGUUGCUAUAACAGCUCAUUUUUAUGUCGUUUUAUUCAGAGUUUUAAACAGAAAUGUGCCUGUUUUAAAGAACAACAGGUAGAUUGUGCCUUUUUUUUUUUU